GCGCGGUGGCGGAGUCCACUUUGGAUUUAAUUCAAACACUCUUGUGGAGCGCGCAACGGGAAAUACAAGACGCAGAAAAAGAGCGUCAAAGAAAGCUUGCGUUUUUCAGAUCGCUCGCACCAGAGCUAUCAUUCUUCCAUCAUGGCGUCCGGCUCGCCCCGGUCGCGCAUUGAUCAGUUUUUUGCUUCGAAGAAAAGGAAAUCCGUGUCUCCCUGUUUGAAGCAUGAGAGAAAGGAAAAGAUUGUGAAAAACCUAGACGGGUCUCCUAGUGCCAAAGGCACCUUGGACAGCUACUUGGUGACUUCACAAGGCGAUAAUAACUCGGAUAAGCCUUCGUAUGCUGGUCAUGAUGCAUUAGCUCCGCAAGAUUCGGUAAAAAGAAAUUUGUCAUUAGAGAUUGAUAAGUCUAGGAAGGAUGAUUGUAAAAGGCUGCUUUCGUCAUUUCAAUCUCAAGCUGCUGAAGAGUUGGAACCAAAUCAGAAGGAAACAUCAGGAGAAUUACUUGAAGUAGUUGGUGUUGCAGUUGGACAUUCUGGAAAGGGUAGCAGCUCAGAUUUGGUGCAAGGUGCAGAAAACUCAGAAUUAAAGAAGUUUAAAACUGACUUUUUGUCUCUGUACUGUAGUGAUCUUCAAUCAAAUGUGGAUUCGCACUCAGAGUUAAAAGUGAAUGACCACAAGAGACAAGCUAGCCCAUUAUUGAUUGAUAACUCUAAAAAGAGGCAUUGCAUUACCAACCAGUCACAUUUAGAAUGCAAAACCACUUGCUCUGAUGAGAAAAAUUCUCAAGACAUUCAUUCCACUGUUUGUAAAACUGCGGUUACUACUGGGAAUGAGUCGAAUGACUUGAUUCCGUUUCAGCCAACUUUAAAGAAAUGCAGUAAUAUCUCUAAUUCAUCUCUAGACAUGAUUGAAGUCCAUACACCAGGUUCCUUGACUGCUAAAAUUUGUUUUCGUGAAACUCCUAAGUCAACACGGGGAAGCUCCAUAUUUUCUCCAGGAGAAGCAUUUUGGGAUGAAGCUAUUCAACUUGCUGAUGGCUUGUGUCAUCCAACAGUUAGCUUCUGUGCAAAAGCUGCUGAUGAAGUUGGUUUUGCAGAGAGCCGGUGUUAUAAAAAGAACUCUGACAAUUUGAUAGAAAAGAUAAAUGAAGGUGUAAGUAUCGCUCCCUCUACUAACUUACAAGGGUUGCUGGGAAGACAUGGAAAUGAAUUAGAAGAAAAGUCCCAUUUUCCUGUUAAGCAUUUUGAUUUCUUGUUUGAUGACAAAAAUUUGGAUGGAAGUACUGUACGUCAUGAUGUAAAGAUCUCUCAUGGAGGUGGUGUGUCAUCUGAGUCUGCCUCUGUUCCAAUUGAUCAUAGUUGUCCAAAAAAUGACAAUAAUUUGAACCAUCAUAAUACAUGUGAAAGGAAUAAAGAGAUAUGUGGAGAGCAAGAGAUGACUCCUGUUGUUGCGGUGGCUAAAAAGGGGAAUUUAUUGGGCAGGGAUGAUGAAAGCAUGAAGUGUGGUUCUCCAAUUGAUGGAAUUAAGAAGUCAAUUAGUAAUUCUGAAUGUGGUGAAGGUACUCCCUCAAGUGUUAUGCCAAGUAGAGAUUGGCUAGAUUUAAACAGUUGGUUGCCAUCUGAAAUAUGCAGCGUAUACAGAAGGAAAGGAAUUUCAAAACUGUAUCAAUGGCAGGUUGACUGCCUUCAGGUGGAAGGUGUAUUGCAGAGAAGAAAUCUUGUAUAUUGUGCAUCCACAAGUGCAGGUAAAAGUUUUGUCGCUGAAAUUUUAAUGCUGCGGCGGGUCUUAUCAUUUGGAAAGAUGGCACUACUUGUGCUUCCUUAUGUAUCAAUAUGUGCAGAAAAGGCAGAACACCUGGAGGUUCUUCUUGAACCACUUGGUAAGCAUGUUCGUAGUUAUUAUGGAAACCAAGGUGGUGGAACGCUUCCAAAAGACACUUCUGUAGCUGUCUGCACAAUAGAAAAGGCAAAUUCAUUAAUAAACAGACUGCUGGAGGAAGGUCGUCUAUCAGAACUUGGAAUUAUUGUGAUAGAUGAACUGCACAUGGUUGGUGAUCGAAGUCGGGGCUAUCUGUUGGAACUCAUGUUGACAAAACUUCGUUAUGCUGCUGGUGAAGGCAAUUCUGAAGGAAGCAGUGGUGAAAGUUCAGGUACAAGCAGUGGUAAACACGACCCUGCUCAUGGUCUGCAAAUUGUGGGGAUGAGUGCAACCAUGCCAAAUGUAGGAGCUGUUGCUGAUUGGCUUCAGGCUGCUUUGUACCAAACUGAUUUCCGUCCAGUGCCACUAGAAGAAUAUAUAAAGGUCGGUAAUACGAUAUAUAACAAGAAUAUGGAUAUUGUUAGGACAAUUUCCAAAGCUGCUGAUCUUGGUGGCAAAGAUCCAGAUCAUGUUGUGGAAUUGUGCAAUGAGGUUGUUCAAGAGGGUCACUCGGUGCUAAUAUUUUGCUCUAGUCGAAAAGGCUGUGAAUCAACUGCCAGACAUAUUUCAAAAUUCCUCAGAAGUUUUAUGGUUAGCUCUCAGAACAAUGACGCUGAAUAUGCUGAUAUUACUUCUGCCAUCGAUGCCUUAAGAAGGUGUCCUGUUGGAUUGGAUCCAGUAUUAGAAGAAACUCUGCCUUUUGGCAUUGCUUACCACCAUGCUGGACUGACGGUCGAGGAAAGAGAGGUUGUUGAAACCUGCUAUCGGAAAGGCCUCAUACGUGUUUUAACUGCUACAUCUACUUUAGCUGCUGGGGUAAAUUUGCCAGCUAGGAGGGUCAUUUUUCGUCAACCUAAAAUUGGUCGUGAUUUUAUUGAUGGGACAAGGUAUAGACAGAUGUCAGGCCGGGCUGGUCGUACUGGAAUAGAUACAAAGGGUGAAAGUGUUCUUAUUUGCAAACCAGAGGAGAUCAAAAGAAUUUCAGGUCUUCUUAAUGAAAGCUGUCCACCAUUGCAUUCUUGUUUGUCUGAAGACAUGAAUGGAAUGAUUCAUGCAAUCUUAGAAGUUGUAGCUGGGGGAAUUGUUCAAACUGCUAAAGAUAUUCAUCGAUAUGUAAGGUGUACCCUUCUGAAUUCUACAAAACCAUUCCAGGAUGUGGUGAAAUCAGCGCAGGAAUCUCUUCGAUGGUUGUGCCAUAGAAAAUUUCUCGAAUGGAAUGAAGAUACUAAGUUGUAUAGUACCACACCCCUAGGGCGUGCUUCUUUUGGCAGUUCUCUUUCCCCAGAAGAAUCACUUAUUGUAUUGGAUGAUCUUUCAAGGGCGAGAGAAGGCUUUGUCCUUGCAUCUGAUUUGCAUUUGGUUUACCUGGUAACACCCAUCAAUGUUGAUGUUGAACCAAAUUGGGAAUUGUACUACGAACGGUUCAUGGAAUUGUCUGCCCUUGACCAGUCUGUUGGAUAUCGUGUUGGAGUGGCAGAACCCUUUUUGAUGCGCAUGGCACAUGGUGCACCAAUACGCACUUCAAAGUUGAAAGAAAAUAUGUCAGGAUUGCGUAGCAAAUGUCAAAACCAACUGGGAAUCACAAACAAUACUUCACUUUCAGAUGAUCAAGCUCUUCGAGUGUGUAAACGCUUCUAUGUAUCUCUGAUCUUGUCAAGGCUAGUUCAGGAAGCACCUGUUCCUGAGGUUUGUGAUACUUUUAAAGUGGCCAGAGGGAUGGUGCAAGCCUUACAAGAGAAUGCUGGUAGGUUUGCAUCUAUGGUCUCUGUAUUUUGUGAGAGGCUUGGAUGGCAGGAUCUUGAAGGUCUGGUUGGCAAGUUUCAAAAUCGUGUUUCAUUUGGAGUGAGAGCAGAGAUUGUCGAGCUCACUACUAUUCCGUAUGUUAAGGGUUCUCGAGCUAGAGCUCUUUAUAAAGCUGGCAUGCGCACUCCUUUAUCAAUUGCUGAAGCAUCUAUUGCUGAGAUUGUCAAAGCUCUUUUUGAAACUUCUUCGUGGGCUGCAGAAGAACGUUCAGCUCAAAGACGGAUACAGCUGGGAGUGGCAAAGAAGAUCAAGAAUGGAGCACGCAAGAUGGUUCUUGAAAAGGCUGAAGAGGCAAGAAUUGCUGCCUUCGCAGCUUUCAAAUCACUUGGACUCAAUGUUCCACACUUUCCAGGACCAUCAACUGCUGUGGGAAAUUCCCCAUCCUUGUCAACUGCUGUGGGAAAUUCCUGUGAGCAAGGUGGUGCUACAUCUUCUGGAAAUGAUACGGGCAAUAGUGCUGAUAAUGUAGAGCACAUGGAACAUGCUACUAAGCCAUCUGUUGAAGAUAUUGUCCAGUCUGAUAAAGUAUUAUCUGUAAGUGAAGAGAAGACAACAAAGACAUCAGAUACUAGUGUUGUGGCUUUUGAAGUAAAUUCAAAUGCUGUCAUGCCUUGGAAGUUUGGUGCUGAUGAAUCUAUAGUCUUAACUGAACACCCUGAUAAAGUAUUAUCUGUAAGUGAAGAGAAGACAACAAAGACAUCAGAUACUAGUGUUGUGGCUUUUGAAGUAAAUUCAAAUGCUGUCAUGCCUCGGAAGUUUGGUGCUGAUGAAUCUAUAGUCUUAACUGAACACCCUGAUAAAGUAUUAUCUGUAAGUGAAGAGAAGACAACAAAGACAUCAGAUACUAGUGUUGUGGCUUUUGAAGUAAAUUCAAAUGCUGUCAUGCCUCGGAAGUUUCGUGCUGAUGAAUCUAUAGUCUUAACUGAACACCCUGUUACCCUUCAAACUGAGCUUGAAGCUACUGUUUCUCAUUCCAAAGAUGCUAAUUUGACACACUUAAUUAAGCCACAAGAACAAGGUGGUAGAAAUAUGAUAGGUAAUGAGGCCAUUGAUCCUCAACCAGGAGAGCGGCAGAGCAACAUUCAUUUAACUGGUGGCUUUAGGGUCAGUGCUAAUGAGAAAGGCCCUAUGCAUGCAACUAAUGUUCCUGGUGGAUUUGAUUCUUUUUUGGAUAUCUGGGAAAAUGCCUCAGAGUUCUAUUUUGAUGUCCAUUACAACAAAAGAUCUGAAGUGAAUUCUGUUGCCUCUUUUGAAGUACAUGGCAUAGCCAUCUGUUGGGACAAUUCAUCUGUGUAUUAUGUCAAUCUCCCUAAAGAUCUACAAUGGUCUGACAAAAGUAUAAAUGAUAGCGUGCAUAUGAAUGCAUCUGGUGAUAAAAAUAAUAUGUUUCCUGCUGGACAUUGGUUGGAGAUUGUAAGACAUAGAUGGGAGAGGAUAAGUAGGAUAAUGGGGAAAAAAGAUGUUAGAAAGUAUGCUUGGAAUUUGAAAGUUCAAAUUCAGGCACUUAAAUGUCCGGCAGUUUCAGUUCAGAAAUUUGGUUCCCAGAAACCUGAAGAGCUAAAUAGAGGGUUUGAAAUCAUAGACAGCUCAUUUGUGUUGUUGACCCCUAUUUGUGUAAACUAUGGAAUUGACAUGUGCAUUGUGGCAUGGAUUCUUUGGCCUGAUGAGGAGAGAAGCUCUAAUCCAAACCUGGAGAAGGAAGUAAAGAAAAGGUUAUCCAGUGAGGCUGCAACUGCUGCUAAUCAAAAUGGUAGGUGGAGGAAUCAGAUGCGCAGAGCUGCUCAUAAUGGUUGCUGUCGUCGAGUUGCACAAACACGUGCAUUAUGUUCUGUCCUCUGGAAGUUGAUUGUGUCUGAUGAACUCACUGAAGCACUUUUGAAUGUUGAAAUUCCUUUGGUUAACAUUCUUGCAGACAUGGAACUUUGUGGAAUUGGUGUUGAUAUGGAGGGAUGCCUCCAAGCACGAAAUUUGUUGGGGAAGAAGUUAAGAAAUCUUGAGAAGGAAGCUUAUAAGCUGGCAGGCAUGACGUUUUCAUUAUACACAGCAGCAGAUAUUGCCAAUGUACUGUAUGGACACUUAAAGCUGCCAAUACCAGAGACAGGCAACAAAGGGAAACACCAUCCUAGUACAGACAAGCAUUGUUUGGAUUUGUUAAGGCAUGAACAUCCAAUUAUCCCAGUUAUAAAAGAGCAUCGGACAUUGGCAAAGCUUUUAAACUGUACAUUGGGAUCAAUUUGCUCACUUGCUAAGCUCUCUGCUGGGACACACAAACACACUUUACAUGGUCAUUGGCUUCAAACGUCCACUGCAACUGGUCGGCUUUCGAUGGAGGAACCUAAUCUCCAGAAUGUUGAACAUAUGGUAGGCUUCCAAAUUAACAAGGAUAAAAAAGGAAAAGAAGCUGAUGCAGAUUGUUAUGAAAUUAAUGCUCGUGAUUACUUUGUCCCUACUCAGGACAACUGGUUACUUUUAACAGCUGAUUAUUCCCAGAUAGAACUGCGGCUGAUGGCUCAUUUCUCUAAAGAUUCUGCUCUAGUAGAACUUUUAAGCAAACCCAGUGGUGAUGUCUUCACCUUGAUAGCUUCAAGAUGGACUGGGUGUUCAGAAGAUUCUGUAGGUUCUGAUGAACGAGAUCAGACCAAAAGGUUGGUGUAUGGCAUUCUUUACGGAAUGGGUGCCAACACCCUGGCGGAGCAACUUGGUUGCAGUCCUGCUGAAGCUGGUGAAAAAAUUCGAAGCUUUAAGAGUUCUUUUCCUGGAGUUGCUAGUUGGCUUCAUGAAGUGGUUGCGGACUGCCGUGAGAAAGGUUAUGUGAAGACCAUAAAAGGAAGGAAACGGUUUUUGUCAAAAAUAAAAUUUGGAAAUGCUAAAGAAAAAUCUAAGGCUGAGAGACAAGCUGUGAACUCUAUUUGUCAGGGAUCUGCUGCUGACAUUAUUAAGAUUGCGAUGAUAAAUAUUUAUUCUGUAAUUGCCGAUGGAGUUGUGCCUGCUUCUCUUUCGUCACAUGCAGACAAGUUUAGCAUACUAAAGGGCUGCUGUCGGAUUUUAUUACAGGUACACGAUGAGUUAGUUUUGGAAGCGGAUCCCUCUGUAAUAAAGGAAGCUGCUUCAUUGUUACAGAUGAGCAUGGAGAAUGCUACUUCGCUUCUUGUACCUUUGCAUGUCAAACUGAAACUCGGAAGAAAAUGGGGUUCUAUGGAACCUUUCCAGGAAGAUAAGUUGUGAGAAAAAACUCCUCCCUUAUUCCAAAAUUUGAUCAGAAGAAACAAAUGUUUCAUAAUGUUGUUUCACACUCAGGGAAUUCAUUUCAAAUUGCUAAAAGUAGCCGAGGAAAGGAUUUUUGCAGUACCUCAUUGCAGAUUUUGGAGCAUGCAUACCAUUAUAAUGUUCAAAAGGGAAUGGUAGACAGGUGACAGACCUCCAUGGAAGAGUGCAGCUCAGAAGUCUGCCCUAUGCGUUGCCGUGCCAUGUCUUCUUUCUGGGCAAUACAGAGUUUUUUAUUUAGAUAAAGCAAUAUCUCUCGGGGGUUCCACUGACCUUGAAACAUUUGGUUCGGGUGUAGAGAGACUGUCAUGUCAAACUGACCUGAUGGACCAGUGAGUGACGUUCUGAAAAACGAUCCUUGAGUUUGUCCAGUUAGGGGCUGGCUGUUCUUCCAUGCUGUUAGCUCGCUCUAAUGUUGGGACCAGAGCAGCAUUGACAGCUGAGUUACUCGUAAGGAUGGAAUAAAGGACGGCAAUGGCAUUUCAUUUGAUUCGAGUUUGAUUCUAAAUGCAGCCUCACUUUCAAAGCACAUCCUCCCUUUUUCUCUCUUUUAAAAUAGGCAGUCCAUGAUGAACAAGAGAUCUCAUUGCUAAUAAACUGGUUGCAAUCCAAUUUGGUACUUCACUUUAUUCUUUUGUCCUCAGGGACGCUGUAAUAAUGCAAUGUAAUUUUUGUGGAUUUAAUUAUUAAAAUUAAAGCUGAUUCAUUUGCCAAAGGCAAUUACAUGGUA